GUUGUUGUCUACCAUUCAAAAACCCUCUCUUCUCUAACCUUUGGCAUCUUCUUCUGCCAUAAAAAAUGGCCGCAGAAGAAGUUCUUAAGCUCUUCGAUAUCUACUGGUUCAAGCAUGAAAUCUUCUCCAAUAACACACUUUUACCUCUCAAUGGAACGAACCCAAUUGAAGAAGAGAUUCAAGAAUCGAAAUUUUCGCACUUGCCUAGUCUUCUAGUCAGGUCUCUCAGUGAGCAAAACUUGAGCUCCAAAGCAAGUCUUGCCUCUGAUACUCUCUCGCCAACAACACCAAAGCUUCAAAUUCAAUCAAUCGUCUGUGGAAAAGUUGUUACAGAAUUUGAAACGAAAAGUGAGAAACAAGAAGAUAUUGAAGCACCCAUUAAGCCAAAAGCGAGAGAAAGGAGAAGCGGUGGAGGAAGAAGAAACAGAGGAGGUGGAAGUAAUAAUAGUAAGAGCUUGACAGAUCUUGAGUUUGAGGAGCUAAAAGGGUUUAUGGAUCUGGGAUUUGUGUUUUCUGAGGAGGAUAAAGAUUCAAGCUUGGUUUCUAUAAUUCCUGGGUUGCAAAGAUUGGGGAGAAUAUCUGGUCAAGAUGAACAGAAAGCAGAGAGAAAGAUUGACAAAAGUAGUAUUGUUCAAAGGCCUUAUUUGUCAGAAGCAUGGGAUGUAUUGGACAGAAGAAAGGAGAGGCCAGUGCUGAUUGAUUGGAGAAUUCCAGUUCUGGGCAAUGAAAUGGACAUGAAAGAUAAUCUCAGGUUCUGGGCUCACACAGUUGCAUCUACUGUCAGAUAGUAAUACUCAAAACACAUUUUGAUUUCUUGUUUGUGCUUCGCUCUCUCUAUUAUAUAUAUUUUCUGGGUUUUUCUUGGUCUAGAUUGUUUGGUCAUUCAGGGUGCCAAUUUUUAUAUCCUUCUCUACAAGACAUGUAAUUGUAAAUAAGAACUGGAUCUUUGUAGGGUUGGUAUUCAUUUGGUCAAUUGUUCAGUUAAAUCUUCCACUUGGUGAAUGUAAUGACUGGAGUUUUGACAA